ACCAUCUGUCAGCCUCAGUCUGUGAUCAGUUGAUCAUCGGCUCACAACGAUUUAGACGUCAAGAUGGCGGCGUCUGAUAGUAAAGUUCCGCUAAGAACAGUGAAAAGAGUGCAGUUUGGAAUACUGAGUCCAGAUGAAAUACGUCGUAUGUCAGUCACAGAAGGCGGCAUUCGCUUUCCAGAAACCAUGGAAGCUGGCCGCCCCAAGCUGUGCGGUCUCAUGGACCCAAGACAAGGAGUCAUCGACAGAAACUCCAGAUGCCAGACAUGUGCUGGUAACAUGACAGAAUGCCCCGGUCAUUUCGGGCACAUAGAAUUAGCAAAACCCGUUUUCCACGUCGGAUUCGUCACAAAAACCAUCAAAAUCCUCCGAUGCGUUUGUUUCUUUUGCAGCAAGUUAUUAGUCAGUCCGAAUAACCCCAAAAUCAAAGAAGUCGUCAUGAAAUCAAAGGGACAACCCAGGAAGAGGUUGGCUUUUGUGUACGAUCUUUGCAAGGGCAAAAACAUUUGCGAGGGAGGAGACGAAAUGGAUGUCGGUAAAGAGGGGGAAGAUCCGAAUAAAAAAGCAGGUCACGGAGGUUGUGGUAGGUACCAACCUAACAUCAGAAGAACCGGUCUCGAUCUCACUGCCGAGUGGAAGCACGUAAACGAAGAUACACAAGAGAAAAAGAGCGCACUGUCAGCAGAGAGAGUGUGGGAAAUUUUGAAGCAUAUAACGGAUGAGGAGUGUUUCAUCCUCGGUAUGGACCCUAAAUUUGCCAGACCCGAUUGGAUGAUAGUAACAGUACUCCCUGUCCCGCCUUUGGCUGUUAGACCUGCCGUAGUCAUGUUUGGCUCAGCCAGGAAUCAGGAUGAUUUAACCCACAAACUGGCAGAUAUCAUCAAGGCCAACAAUGAACUACAGAAGAACGAAGCUGCUGGUACUUCGGCUCAUAUUAUCACAGAGAACAUUAAGAUGUUGCAGUUCCAUGUUGCCACUUUGGUGGACAAUGAUAUGCCGGGCAUGCCAAGAGCCAUGCAGAAGUCGGGUAAACCUCUGAAAGCAAUCAAAUCAAGACUGAAAGGUAAAGAAGGCAGGAUCAGAGGUAACCUUAUGGGUAAGCGUGUGGAUUUCUCCGCUCGUACCGUAAUCACGCCUGAUCCUAACCUACGUAUCGAUCAAGUAGGAGUUCCGAGAAGCAUUGCUCAAAACAUGACCUUUCCAGAAAUUGUGACCCCCUUCAAUUUCGACAAAAUGUUGGAGUUGGUACAGAGGGGUAAUUCGCAGUACCCAGGAGCUAAAUACAUUAUCAGAGACAAUGGCGAAAGAAUCGAUCUGAGGUUUCAUCCCAAGCCAUCAGAUUUACAUCUUCAGUGCGGAUAUAAAGUGGAGAGACAUAUUCGAGAUGGUGAUCUGGUCAUUUUCAAUCGACAGCCGACUCUCCACAAGAUGAGUAUGAUGGGUCACAGGGUGAAGGUGUUGCCUUGGUCGACGUUUCGGAUGAACUUAUCGUGUACCUCCCCUUACAACGCCGAUUUUGACGGCGAUGAAAUGAACCUCCACGUACCGCAGAGUAUGGAGACGAGAGCAGAGGUGGAAAACUUGCACAUCACCCCCCGUCAGAUCAUCACCCCACAAGCGAACAAACCCGUCAUGGGUAUCGUACAGGACACGCUGACGGCCGUCCGGAAAAUGACAAAACGCGACGUUUUCAUUGAGAAAGAACAAAUGAUGAACUUGCUCAUGUUCUUGCCGAUUUGGGACGGUAAAAUGCCUCGGCCGGCCAUCUUGAAACCGAAGCCGCUGUGGACCGGCAAACAGAUAUUUUCUCUUAUCAUUCCCGGAAACGUCAACAUGAUCAGAACGCACUCGACACAUCCUGAUGAAGAAGACGACGGACCAUAUAAAUGGAUAUCGCCCGGAGACACCAAAGUCAUGGUGGAGCACGGGGAGCUUGUCAUGGGGAUCUUGUGUAAGAAGACUCUGGGUACUUCGGCAGGAUCUUUGCUUCAUAUUUGUAUGUUGGAAUUGGGUCACGAGGUCUGCGGAAGGUUUUACGGUAAUAUUCAGACCGUAAUCAACAACUGGUUGUUACUCGACGGUCACAGCAUAGGUAUCGGAGACACCAUUGCCGAUCCUCAGACUUACACGGAGAUUCAGAAAGCCAUCAAAAAGGCCAAAGAGGACGUAAUAGAGGUUAUACAGAAGGCUCACAACAUGGAGCUCGAGCCGACGCCAGGUAAUACGUUGCGUCAGACUUUCGAGAAUCAGGUAAACAGGAUUCUGAAUGACGCUCGUGACAAAACUGGUGGUUCCGCUAAGAAAUCUCUUACAGAGUACAACAAUUUGAAGGCUAUGGUCGUUUCUGGUUCCAAAGGAUCUAACAUUAAUAUUUCCCAGGUUAUCGCUUGCGUGGGUCAACAGAACGUUGAAGGUAAACGUAUACCAUUCGGUUUCCGCAAGCGCACGUUGCCGCAUUUCAUAAAAGACGAUUACGGUCCCGAGUCUAGAGGCUUCGUAGAAAAUUCGUACCUCGCCGGUCUAACCCCGUCCGAGUUUUAUUUCCAUGCUAUGGGAGGUCGAGAAGGUCUCAUCGAUACCGCUGUAAAGACUGCCGAAACUGGUUAUAUUCAGCGUCGUCUCAUAAAGGCUAUGGAGAGCGUCAUGGUACACUAUGACGGUACCGUUAGAAAUUCGGUGGGACAGCUAAUUCAGUUGAGGUACGGAGAAGAUGGCUUGUGUGGGGAGAUGGUAGAGUUUCAGACGCUGCCGACGGUUAAAUUGAGCAACAAAGCCUUCGAGAGAAAGUUUAGAUUUGACCCUAGCAACGAGCGGUAUCUGAGGAGGGUGUUCACUGAAGAUGUCAUCAAGCAGCUCAUGGGGUCCGGCGAGGUCAUCUCCGAGCUCGAGCGAGAGUGGGAGCAACUCCAGAAGGACAGAGAAGCGCUCAGGCAGAUUUUCCCUAGUGGAGAAUCUAAAGUAGUAUUGCCGUGCAACCUGCAAAGAAUGAUCUGGAAUGUCCAGAAGAUCUUCCACAUCAACAAGAGAGCUCCAACAGACUUAUCUCCGCUGCGCGUCAUCAACGGCGUCCGGGAACUCCUCAAGAAGUGCGUCAUCGUAGCAGGAGAGGAUCGCCUCUCGAAACAAGCCAACGAGAACGCUACUCUCCUCUUCCAGUGCUUGGUGCGAUCUACGCUAUGCGCUAAAUCUGUCUCCGAACAGUUCAGAUUGAGCACCGAAGCUUUCGAGUGGUUGAUUGGAGAAAUCGAAACACGGUUCCAGCAGGCUCAGGCAAAUCCCGGAGAAAUGGUAGGGGCUUUGGCCGCUCAGUCUUUGGGAGAGCCCGCCACUCAGAUGACGCUGAACACUUUCCAUUUCGCCGGAGUGUCUUCCAAGAACGUAACGCUUGGUGUGCCCAGGUUGAAGGAAAUUAUUAACAUAUCGAAGAAGCCAAAAGCUCCGUCUCUUACGGUGUUUCUUACCGGUGCCGCUGCCAGGGAUGCGGAGAAGGCCAAGAACGUAUUGUGCAGAUUGGAACACACAACUCUGCGAAAAGUUACAGCGAACACAGCCAUUUACUAUGAUCCUGAUCCACAAAACACUGUCAUAACUGAAGAUCAAGAAUUCGUAAAUGUUUACUAUGAAAUGCCUGACUUUGACCCAACGAGAAUAUCACCCUGGUUGCUACGUAUCGAGCUCGAUAGAAAGCGUAUGACGGACAAAAAACUUACUAUGGAACAAAUUGCAGAAAAGAUCAACGCUGGUUUCGGAGAUGAUUUGAAUUGUAUUUUCAAUGAUGACAAUGCCGAAAAACUGGUACUUCGUAUCAGGAUAAUGAACAGUGACGAUGGCAAGUUCGGUGGGGAAGGUGGAGACGAAGACGUCGACAAAAUGGAAGACGACAUGUUCCUGAGGUGUAUAGAAGCUAACAUGUUGAGUGACAUGACUUUGCAAGGUAUCGAGGCCAUCUCCAAAGUGUACAUGCACUUGCCGCAAACCGACUCAAAAAAAAGAAUAGUUAUUACCGAGACGGGAGAGUUCAAGGCCAUCGCUGAGUGGUUGCUGGAAACAGACGGUACGAGCAUGAUGAAAGUACUGUCAGAAAGAGAUGUCGACCCUGUGAGAACAUUCUCCAACGAUAUUUGCGAGAUAUUCCAGGUGCUCGGAAUAGAGGCUGUUCGUAAAUCGGUUGAGAAAGAAAUGAACGCCGUCCUGCAGUUCUACGGUCUGUAUGUAAACUAUCGCCAUCUCGCGUUGCUUUGCGACGUCAUGACAGCCAAGGGUCACUUGAUGGCCAUCACCCGUCACGGUAUCAACAGACAAGACACCGGAGCUCUGAUGAGAUGCUCCUUCGAAGAAACGGUCGACGUGCUAUUGGACGCGGCUAGUCACGCCGAAGUCGACCCAAUGAGAGGUGUCUCCGAGAAUAUUAUCCUCGGCCAGCUGCCAAGGAUGGGCACAGGCUGUUUUGAUUUGCUGCUCGACGCGGAGAAGUGUAAAAUGGGCAUGCCGAUCCCUCAGGCUCACGGAACCGACAUCAUGUCUUCGAACUUCUUUGCGGUACCAACACCAAGUAGUAGUAUGAGCCCUGCGGUGCCGCUGACGCCUUGGAACCAGGGCGCUACUCCAUACGCCGGCAGCGUUUGGUCGCCUCAAAAUUUGCCAGGCAUGACGCCCAGCGCUGGCUUUUCUCCUUCUGCGGCUUCAGACGCUUCUGGAAUGUCUCCCGGCUACGGUGGCUGGUCACCAGGAGGACAAUCUCCAGCGAUGUCUCCCUACAUGGCAUCACCACACGGACAGUCACCUUCCUACAGCCCGUCGAGUCCUGCAUUCCAGCCAACAUCACCAUCCAUGACUCCUACAUCGCCUGGUUAUUCUCCAAGCUCGCCAGGCUAUUCUCCAACUAGUCCCAAUUACAGCCCGACCAGUCCCAGCUAUUCUCCAACGUCUCCAAGUUACUCGCCGACGUCUCCCAGUUACAGCCCAACUUCUCCAAGUUACUCUCCGACUUCACCGAGUUAUUCCCCUACAUCUCCGAGUUACUCUCCCACUUCCCCAAGUUACAGCCCUACGUCGCCUAGCUACAGUCCAACUUCUCCAAGUUACUCUCCCACCUCUCCGAGUUAUUCCCCUACUUCCCCCAGUUACUCUCCCACUUCGCCGAGUUACUCUCCCGCCUCGCCGAAUUACAGUCCCACCUCUCCUAGCUACUCUCCCACUUCUCCUAAUUACAGUCCCACCUCACCCAGCUACUCUCCGACGUCGCCGAGUUACUCGCCGUCUUCUCCGAGAUACACUCCCGCUUCUCCCAGCUAUUCUCCCACGUCUCCCAGUUACUCUCUCACGUCUCCGCAAUAUUCUCCUGCUUCUCCGAGUUAUUCCCCCUCAUCUCCGAAGUAUUCGCCGACGUCACCGAGUUAUUCGCCCACUUCUCCGUCGUUCUCGGGAGGCAGUCCUCAGUACUCUCCCACGUCUCCCAGUUAUUCCCCCACUUCGCCGAGUUAUUCUCCUUCGAGCCCACAGCACACUCCCGCUGCAAGCUCGAGGUAUUCACCGUCUUCUCCGAAUUACUCACCGAGCUCUCCUAGUUAUUCUCCUACUUCUCCUCAGUAUUCGCCGCACAGCACUAAAUAUUCCCCCACCUCUCCUACCUACACGCCGACGAGUCCUAGUUAUUCUCCCGCCUCUCCGGCUUACUCUCCUCAGCCUCCGAGAUAUUCCCCUUCGUCACCCAGUUACUCUCCUACCAGUCCCAGUCAGGACGAUUCUAUGUAAGGAGGGAAUUUGGGAGCAGUUAUUUAUGACAUAUUGUUAUUUUGAAUCAUUUUGGUUACAUACAUUUAAGCAAAUUGGGAUUUUGCUCAGAUUAUUCAAUCUAUCGAAGUGCCAGGUAUUUUUUGUAAUUAUUUUUUAUUCAUAAUGAUUUUAUUUAAUUCAUAAUUAUAUGAAGGCGCCUUUAAUGGAGGGCAUGCAGGAGUGAUGACUUCUCAGUAUGAGUUAUGAAGUUAUAUUGUAAGUAGGAGGUAGAGUAUUUUAAUAUGUAUAGAUGUUGAAUACUUUAUAAAUAAAUUUAUUAAAAACCC